AUGUCGCUCGCUCGUCUCAUUCCAAGGGCUACCACCGUCUCUCGCAUUGUCCGAACUGCCCCAACUCUCCAAACCAGAUGGGUGCCCCGCGCCAUGUACUCUGCUGGCGGUCCCUUGUCCAAGGACGUCAUCACAUCCCGCGUUCUCGAGACAUUGAAGGGAUACGAGAAAAUUGACCCGGCCAAGUUGACCACGUCCGCAUCUUUCCACAAAGACUUGGGGCUCGACAGCUUGGAUGCAGUGGAAGUGAUGAUGGCAGUUGAAGAGGAGUUCUCAAUCGAGAUCCCUGACGCUGAGGCUGACGAAAUUACAACGGUCCAACAAGCCAUCGACUAUAUCGCAAAAUCUCCUGACGCUAUUCUGGAGUCUCUUGACUUGAGAGAUGAUCGAUGUGACGCGAGUUCCGUCAAAUCAUCUGCUUUAGCGGUCGCAUGA